UUUCUUGUAAAGGGGUGGGGCGCGCGCGAGUCUUAUCUUUACCAUACAUAUGCAGAGUUCUUGGGCAAACAAGCGUCGAGUGCGCGCGCAUGCGCAGUUGUCGACCUUUUACCUCCCGGCUGGAAGACGCGCAAGCUCACAUCGGCGGAUACCUGCGCAGAAGCAACUCGGUUCUGACGUGAGGUGUGCACCGGUCAACUGCUGUGCGAGACUCAAUUGGCAAAUUGGACGUAUCUUGACGCCUCUCGAGGUCGGCGUGUUAGUGCCGUCGUUUUGCGGCGUUUGGGAAGCCCGCUACACCUGCCAUUCAUCUGCGUGGUUCUACUAAUAUUGGUUGAACCCUGAGGCUGUUUUUGUUCAAUUGUGACCAGUGAACAUAAGCAAGAUGAUUGGUUGCCACUGGCCUGCGGGGUGACCUCGGUGACCUCGUCGCCACCGCGGUCCAACCUGCCACAGGGAUGCACACGAUGGCCAAUGAAAACAGAACGCCACCGCCGCCGCCCCCUCCCCCACUUCCGCCUCCCCCCUCGCUCAUCGCGGGAGGCUCGAACAGCAGCAAACGCUUCAGAAGUUUCUUUUGGAGGACCAUUCCGGAGGAGCAGGUUCGGGGGCGCGCCAACCUGUGGACGCAGGGUCGAGCGCAGCAGCGUUACCGGAUCGACGCCGACACAGUGGAAGAGCUCUUUGGUCAGAAGCAGGACGUGGCUGGAGCCACACCUACCUGGGGAGCAAGGAACCGUGGAUCACUACGGGACUCCAAGGACCAGGUCUCCAUCUUGGAUACCAAGCGAAGCAUGAACAUGGGCAUCUUCCUCAAACAGUUCAAGAGGUCCAAUCAGGCCAUCGUAGACGACAUCCGCAGUGGCAACAGUCAGCCUUACGGGGCGGAGCCUCUACGAGAGCUGAUGAAGCUUCUGCCCGAAGCGGAAGAGGUGAAGAAGAUGAAAGCGUACAGCGGUGACGUGUCCAAGCUGUCGUUGGCGGACUCCUUCCUCUUCCUGCUGGUUCAACUCCCCAGUUACGCCACGCGUGUGGAGUGCAUGCUGUACAAAGAGGAAAUUCCCGGCGCGUGCGAGGCCUUGAGGGGGCACAUCGGAGUCCUUCGCACCGCGACCAAAGAGGUUCUCAACUGCCGGGAGCUGCACGCCAUCCUUCACUUGGUGCUGCAGGCCGGGAACAUCCUCGAUGCCGGCGGUCAAGCGGCGGGCUUCAAGCUGUCUUCGCUUUUGUCUCUGGCCGAAACCAAAGCCAACAAACCGGGAAUGAACCUGCUGCAUUUUGUGGCUCUGGAAGCACAGAAGAAGGAGGAGGAGUUGUUGGACUUCCCGUUGAAGCUCAGUCACAUUCAGGCAGCUUCUAGGAUCUCCUUGGAGACCCUGGACUCGGAAUUGCAGCUGUUGACGUCCCGCACGCGCGCGCUAGAGGAGAAGAUCCGGACGGACGGAGAACUUCUCCGGCAGCUGGAUGGCUUCCUUCGGGACGCCACGGGGUGGCUGCGCUCGCUGCGAGGAGGCCGUCGGCUGCUGAGCGAGGAAGCCGGCGAGCUGAUGAACUUCUUCUGUGAGGACGACAACACCUUCCGCCCGGAUGAGUGCUUCGCCGUCCUGCACGCCUUCUGUUGCAAGUUCAGCCGCGCCGUCAAGGAGAAUAAAGAACAGGAAGCCAGAGAACAGGCUCGGCGCCGUCGUUUACAAGCGCUGGAGGAGCAGAAGAGACAUUCGUGGGCUGGUGGCGAGGAGGUCACCGGCGCCAUGGGCUUGUACUGCAGGAGCGAGACGGACCUCUCUCAAGCCGGCUCACCCCAGGAUGACACCGGCGCUCUACUAGAGCUCCUCUCGCCCAGGUCCGGCAGCCGUCGCGUUCUCCGGGGACGUUCCCGACUUUCGCCGACGCAGCACCCGUCCUCGACGCUGACGCUGUCCGUCUCCGAUCUUGAGCGCCACGGGAAUGCGGAAUUCUCUUCAGUCGGCGGAGGGAUUUCGACGACACUCCUCCGCAAAAACUCUGCAACGGACAACCGCGCACGCGACGCUAGCGAUAAUGUAGCGGCGAUCCUGGAGAAAUGCUCGCUAGUCCCUGAACCGAAGGCCUUUGACGACGCAAGCUGUGCUAACGCGGCUGUAUCGCUAGCUUCAGAUGAGAUGGCAAAGGACACUGCGUGGUGCAUAACCGUCUUGUGCGAAGCAGAACACCCGGUAGCAAAGAACACACCGUCCAUUAGCGCACCGGUCCGGUCCGAGCCUGUUAGCAGCCAACCGUCGCCUUCUUCGCCACCUCGCGUCUACCUUGCGGAUCCCCCUCAGAAGUCCGAAGCUACCCGGACUAAACGCGUGCGCACCCUUAACUCUUCUGAAAAGCAAAGCAUGAGGAGGGUAGUGCCUAUCUCCAGGACUGCUAAAGACAAACGAGGAGAGAAGCCUUCCUCCAACCUCCGGGCUCGAGAUCCAAAGGACCGCCUAGCUCCCGGUCCUCGGAGUUCACCCGGGGAGAAGAUGUGUCGGUCCUCCCUGCGAGCAACCGGGGGCGGCACUGUUGUCAGUGGGACCGCCGCCACUCCUCCUCCUGCCCCACGGUUCGCUAGAAACACCGCUUCUUCCUCUUUGAGACAAACCCACUCCAACAACCAACGGUCAAACGUCCCUAAAUGUCCUUCAGAAGCAUCUAUCAGAGGACACUCUCGCGCCUCCUCGUCCAUGCCUAAGAGGACUCAGAGCGCCAGGACGUCUGUCAACACUGGGGUCACGACCCCGGACUCCCCCGUCCCAGCUAAAGACAAAUCCAGCCAAUCGCAGCGCUCGACCAAGAUCUGCAGACCCAGCUGGAGAUAACGCAGAUAACAUCUAAAAACUCAUGUUAGCAUGAACAGUAGCGGUUCCUCUGUACUUUGUACUCAAUCUGCGGCCAUUGAGGACGUGUGUCUUUGAAAGCAGACAAUUCAAAAGUAAUACAACUAUAGUAGCAUGAAAAAGUAUCUGAACCUUUUGGAAUUUCUCACGUUUCUGCAUAAAAUCACCAUUUUGUCAAAGUCACACAGAUGAAAAUACAGUGUCUGCUAUAACUAAAACCACCCAAACAUUAAUAGGUUUUCAUAUUUUAAUAAGGAUAGCAUGCAAACAAUGACAGAACUGGGAAAAAUAAGUAAGUGAACCCUCUGCCUAAGGAGACUUAAAGAGCAAUUGAAACCAAUUUUUAACAUUAAACAUUUCAAGUCGGGUGUGUGCCCAGUCACUGAUGAGAGAUUUAAAGCUGCCCACUAUAAAACACACACCUGGUAAGAAUUGUCUUGAUGAGAAGCAUUGUCUGAUGUGCAUCAUGGCUCGGUCAAAAGAGCUGUCUGAAGACCUGCGAUCAAGGACUGGGAAAGGAUGCAAAACCAUCUCUAAAAGUCUGGAUGUUCAUCAAUCAACAGUCAGAGAAGUGGUCUACAAAUUCGGAGAGCUUGGCAGUUUUGCUUGUCUCCCAAGGAGUGGCUGUCCACCAAAGAUGAAGCCAAGAGUUCAGCGCAGAAUACUCAGAGAGGUAAAAAAAUAGAACCCUAGGUGUCUGCUAAAGACUUACAGAAAUCACUGGCACAGUCCAAUAUCUCUGUGCACACAUCAACUAUAUGUAAAACCAUGGCCAAGAAUGGUGUUCACGGGAGGACUCUACAGAGGAAGCCACUGCUGUCUAAAAAAAUAAAACAUUUUUGCUCGUUUAAUGUUCGCAAAAAUGCACUUAGACACUCCACAGAAGUUUUGGCAAAAUAUUUUGUGGACUGAUGAAACCAAAGUUGAAUUAUUUGGGAGUAACACUAAAUACGUAUUUGCCCCACUGUAUGUCCCUACCAUCCCUAUGCAAACCUACGCCCUUGCUAUCGUCAUUAAAAUAUGAAAAUCUAUAAAUGUUGGGAUGGUUUUAGUUAAAGCAGACACUGUUUUUUUCAUCUGUGUGAUUUUGACAAAGGGUUAGGGUUCAGAUCAUAUUUGAGGCAUGGUGAUUUUAUGCAAAAAUGUGAGAAAUUCCUAAAGGUUCAGAUACUUUGUCAUACUACUGUAAGUCGUUUUACAAUAUUUCCAAAAGCCAACAUGUGGACGAGUGAUGUCAUAUCCUGUAAGGUAAAUUGAUUGUGUAUAGUAGUUGAUAUUUAAAGAAUAUUGAAAGAACGUAUGAUUUCUGCUUGGGACAACGGAGGGUCACGCUGCAAAACGCAAAUAUGUCAAUAUUGUAACAUGACUCCAAUGUAUUAAAAUUAUUAUAGCCUUAUUAUCAUUAUUAAAAAUGGAUCAUUUACACAAUGCUACUUUAUUCAGC